GUCUGCCUGACUCUGACGUCAUCGUCCUCUCCUGGUGGACAAGCAGGAAGUGUCUGACGUGAUCGAGGUAACGGCGGAUUCUGCCGGUAAACACGCGGACGGUGACCUCACAGCGCGCGGACACGGAGCGUCUGUUCCCGCCAACCAGCGGAGACACCAACGAAGAAGUCACGGUGUGUCAGAGCGUGGAGGCAGGAUGAGCGGGGCGGCGUUGGGUAUCGAGCUUGUGGUGGUUUUCUUUCUGGCACUCUUCCUGCUGCACAGGUACGGAGACUUCAGGAAGCAGCAGCGCAUGGUGCUGUUCGGCACGCUGCUCGCCUGGUACCUGUGCUUCCUCAUCGUCUUCAUCCUGCCAUUGGACGUCAGCACGACGAUCUAUAAGCAGUGUAAGAUUGACCAUGAGGAUCAUGCCUCUAGUUCCACCGCCAGCCCGCAACCAUCCAAUCAUACGGCAACAAACACAUCUGCCACGCCCACUAGGAGGACUCUGACGCAGUGCUACAAGCCGUGGAGCUACAUCCCUGAUGGCAUCAUGCCGGUGUUCUGGAGGGUGGUGUACUGGACCUCUCAGUGUCUCACGUGGCUGCUGCUGCCCUUCAUGCAGUCGUACGCUCGCUCUGGAGGCUUCUCCAUUACCGGGAAGAUUAAAACCGCCCUGAUCGAGAACGCCAUUUAUUACGGGACGUACCUGCUCAUCUUCGGCUCGCUGCUCAUCUGCGUGGCUGUACAUCCGGAGUGGCAGCUGUCCUGGUACGGGCUGCAGACCAUUGGCAUCACGGCCGCUAAUACCUGGGGCCUGUUCCUGCUGGUGCUGCUGCUCGGUUACGGUUUGGUGGAAAUCCCUCGCUCGUACUGGAACGCCUCUCGACACGGACACCUACUCAUCAAGACGUACUUCAAGGCGUCCAAGCUUAUGACGGAGAAGGCGGACGCAGAGGAAAACCUGGAGGACGUGAUGGAGGAGGUGAGAAAAGUCAGCGAAUCCAUCAAGUACAACCAUCCUCUGAGGAAGUACAUCGACACCAUCCUCCGGAAGUGCCCGGUGGAUUACCAGGAGAAGAUGGGCAGGAACAUGGAUGACUACGAGGACUUCGACGACAAGCAGAACACGUAUCCAAGCGAGAAGAGCCUAGUGAAGCUUCACAAACAGGUCAUCUACGCGGUUCAGAGACACAACCGGACUCGGGUCCAGUGGCAGAUCCUCCUGCAGCAGGCCAUCCACCUGGAGGACGUAGCCAAGAACGAGACCAGUUCAACGCACCAGUUUGUCCACAGCUUCCCGCCAUCGGAGCCGGCCGGCUGGUUCAGCAGAUACGUGUACACGCCGCCUGUAGAGUGGUACUGGGAGUGUCUCCUGAAGCGCUGGUUUUACCGCCUGCUGUCGGUGGUCCUGACCCUGUUCAGCGUGGCCGUGGUCUGGUCCGAGUGCACCUUCUUCAGCACCCGGCCCGUCCUCUCACUGUUUGCCGUGUUCAUCCAGCUGGCUGAGAGAGACUACAACUACCUGUACAUCGAGAUGGCGUGCUUCAUCACAAUCUUCUUCCUGUGCACAUGCGUUUACUCUACCGUGUUCCGCAUUCGGGUUUUUAACUACUACUACCUGGCCUCCCAUCACCAGACGGACGCCUACAGCCUGCAGUUCAGCGGCAUGUUGUUCUGCCGGUUGACGCCUCCUCUGUGUCUGAACUUCCUGGGUCUGAUCCACAUGGACUCGGCCAUCUCCCACCAGCAGAAGGAGCAGACGGCGUACACGUCGAUCAUGGGAUCGAUGCGUGUCCUCUCUUUUAUUGCCAACGGCUUCUACAUCUACUACCCCAUGCUGAUCGUCAUCCUCUGCAUCGCCACCUACUUCAGUCUGGGGACUCGCUGUCUGAACCUUCUGGGCUUCCAGCAGUUUGUGGGCGACAGUGAGAUGACGUCGGACCUGAUCGACGAGGGCAAGGAGCUGAUCCGACGGGAGAAAAGGAAGCGGCAACGGAUUGAAGACGGCGAGAACAGACGAAAAGACUGGAAGGAGCGUUAUGGAAACCCGAGAGAGGACUACACAGCGAGGAACAGGAGCAGUCAUGAGAUGAAGGAGACCAGUUACUCCGACAAUGUGACACCGACCAACAACAGACAAGCUAAAUAUUCUCGUUCUGGGAGUCGGGCAGAGCGGGACUGCAUCGAGCUGCUUCAGGACGCCGAACCUUUAGACUUCAACGCCGACUCCCUGACAGAUGACCCUCUGGACGCAGAGUCUGGCAGGCACAUUGGAGGACGGUAUCUGUCCAUGUCGUCGUCUCGAAGCCGAAUAUUUGAUGACGUCUGACGGGGAGAAGAAAUGUGAAGUGGAGCCACAAACUGGAAGUGUGUCUCCAAGAUGUGGAUGUAUCACAUGACCUCCAUCUCCCAGCUCACAGGCUGUUCCUUCAUCUCCCAGGAUGCAUGGUAUUUAAAGAAACAGGAAGUUGUGCAGACGUCUCGAUGAACUGUGCGUCAGGUGUACAGUAAACUGUCAGGUGUGAAUGUGAACUCUGCUGAUCCGGAUCGCUCCUGUCCGUCUGAGCUGCAUGUCAUGAUGGCAGGAGUCUGAGCAUGCUCAGUGUCACCUCACUUUAAUGAAGUCACUUUUUAUUGUUUGUGGAUUUAUUGAUCUGAACCUGAUGAUGCUGAUCAAUGUGUAAUCAUGGCAGAUGGUUCGAUGGUCGCCGCUCUCACAGGAAGUCUUAAAAUAUAUAAAGGACUUUUAUUUUGAAAAGGGUUUCACAUCUCAAAUUUCCUGUAUUGAUCAACACUGAUCAACUUCCCCAUAAAACCAGUCUGACCUGUCUGGUUGGACUCUUGAAUCAUGCGACAGGUAGAACGUCACCUGAUAGGUCCGCUCAUAACCACUCCCACCAGUAAUGUCACAGUGUACUGACACUACAUGAGGUGUACCUGUCCGUCAGCACAGGUAGUUGAUGGGAGCUGAAGUCUGUGAACUAAGAUGAGUCUUUUCAAAAUAAAAGCCUUUAAAUCCA